AUGGACCAGCUAGGAAAGUCGAUGAACAACCUGUCCCUCUGGGAGGUGAAAUCCUAUGUGCGGAAGGCACAGAACGCUGUUUUGAACCUCUCGGACGUGGAGGCGAAAGUGAGAGAGGCGACGAACAACGAGCCGUGGGGGGCAUCCACCACGCUCAUGUCGGAGAUUGCGAGAGGGACGUUCAACUACAGAGACAGAGAGGAGAUCUGCAACAUGAUUUUCAGAAGAUUCACCGAGAAGUCUGCGCACGAGUGGAGACAGAUCUACAAGUCGUUGCAGUUGAUGGAGUACCUUGUGAAGAACGGGUCGGAGCGGUUUGUGGACGACGCCAGGGCGAACGUCAGCUUGGUGUCGAUGUUGAAGUCGUUCCACUACAUCGACUCCAAGGGCGUCGACCAGGGCAUCAACAUCCGCAACCGGGCCAAGGAAUUGACGAACCUGCUGAACGACGAGGUCAAGAUCAGACAGGAGAGAAAGAAGGCGAAGGACAACUCGAAGAAGUUUGACGCCAUCUCGUCGACCUCCGCCGGCAGCAGAAACCUCGCCAGAAGAGCCGCCGGGCCCGGCCGCAGAGUCUCCUCGGGAGCCGCCGAUUACGACGACGACGGCUACGAAAACAGGAUUUUCGGCGACGGCGGUGUCUUUGGCGAGAGGUUCGAGGAGCCUCGGGGCACCUCGAUUGCCCCCGGCGCGUUUGAGGAGUACGACGAAGGACAGCAUCACAGCAGCAGCAAUACCAACAGCAACAACAAUACCAGCAGAAAUGGCGGACACAGCAGGAUGAGCAAAGCAUCCGUCGAAGCAUCUAAGGUCAAUGCCCGUGGAAAUGCGGAUUUACUCGGUUUUGGAGACGACUUCGGCACAACCAACGGCGCAAACAACGGAGGGUUCCAUGACCACGCCGGCGCCGAGUACGAAAACGAGAACGACGACGACGACUUCGACGACUUCGACGACUUCCAGAGCGCCACCCCGGCCGCCAGCGCAGCUGCUCCAGCCAGCACCACCUCCAACUCAAACAACUUGUCCGACCUAUUGACCUCCUCCUACUCCACCAACACCAACACCAACUACGGCGCCUCCUCCACAUCCGCAUCCGCUCCUACACCAGCUAUCGGCCAGCCUAAGAAGAACGACGACAUCUUCGGCUCCCUGUUGAUGAGUGCGAAGCAGAACCAGACGUCCUCGAACAGACCAGCCGUCUCCAAGCCGUUGCCAACUCCGGCUGCAACUUCCUCCUUCAAAUACGCUGCAGCCACUCCGACACCAAAGCCCUCCACCAACAAUAACAACAAUGGUAUGGUUGAUCUUUUGGAUCUUUAG